AUGGAUUUUUCUAUAGUUUUGCUGCUACUCUCGGUUGCGCUCUCACCUGCCUUCACACCUGUCCGAUGUCAGGUAACGGUGGCCUGCAAUUCGCGAACCUCGCAGAAACGCAUUGUUAUCCGCAGCCCGGCAGCCAGCGAGUUGGCCAAGUUGGACGCGUGCCAGUACCGUGUGGCACCGUGGAGUGGCCAGGUGUGUCAACUGCUCGUCCAGUUCGAUCGCCUGGAGCUGCCCCAGCCGCAGGUCAACGAGAGCUCUCGCCUACUGGAAUGCCUGGAUUUUGUGCAGCUUCAGCGUUUCCGGCUCUGCGGUCGCAGUAGCGGCCAGCACCUGUACUUACCCGUUAGAGGAGGUCAGGAGGUGGAGCUACUCUUUCAUUUGGCCACAGCCGUGGGCAAGCAGUCCAGUGCCUGGCAGCUGACUCUAACGCAGCUGGAGUGCCCUAGGGAUACCACGGCCCUGGUGCCAAGGCAACCCACUGUGCCCACUGUGCGUCCAAUUCUGCCCUUUUUGGGCAAUCUCUUGCCACGCACUAUUUUUGGUGGAGCAUCUGGCAUUGGUUCGGGUUCUGGUCCCGCUGCCCAGCUUAUACAAUCCUUGAGGUCGCCCUCUAUAUCAGAUCUGGAGCUACUGGCUCCACUGGGCUGUGAUCAGUACUUUAGAACCCCAACAGGGGGCAUUGUGAGCUUUAACUUUGCCGGAGGAAUCUACAUGCCCAAUGUCAGGUACUCCAUUUGCGUGAAGGGUUCGGCAGACAGCGAGAUAAGCUACAAGAUCGACCACUUUGAGCUCUCGAAGGCCAACACCCAGGAGCCAGGACCUGCCUACGACAGCGACUGUCGCAGCACAGUGAAGACUGCCGGCCGUGUAUCCGACUACCUGAGUGUGCCCAACUCUUACCUGGUGUCUCGCACUGAACUGCAGGCCACUCACUACUGUGGCAGUGGACUCGCUGGCCAGGAGAUCAUAGCCCGCCCACCUUUUGUCCUGCUCUUUGCCAGUGAUGCUCAGUCGAGUGCCGCCGAGACGGGCUUCCAGUUCACCUACACGGUGCGGAGGGCCCAGGAUACGAUGAGUCCUGCGGCGGGACUGUAAAUUGGCAGCAGCCUUAACUAAAUCAAGGCACACACUCUCACACACAAGUAAUCGGGAAUUGACAUUAUUAAAUGCCGCUGCGCUGUGAUAUUCGUCGCACAAUGAACCAGGGCAUUCCAUGGUCACGGAUUUGCCUUAAUUAAAUGCCCAGGCCCUCCGUCCGGCAUUAAGUCACAUGUAUCUAUAUAUUUGGUUUGUAAAUAAAUUAUGGAAAGCCCAGUGGCAUAAACGGCAUGCGGUCCACAACGGA